AUGGACUAUCUGAUCAAUCUGAGCCCACCAGCCCGCUGUCUGAUAGGUGGGGAUAUCAAUGUACAGCAUGAUGCCUUUGAACCAGGGGCAGUGAAUCUGCACCGAGGUGGGGAGCUUGUCCAAUGGGUCAGUGAACAUGGGAUGGACUUUGUGGGAGAGAUAGGGGUUUCAACUCAUGCAGCAGAUCAUGUGAUUGAUCUCAUCUUCUCCAAUGUGGUCUUUACUUCCACUACAGUGCAUCAAGAUUUACACUGCGGCUCAGAUCAUCAGUCUAUGAUCACUAUGCUGCCAACAACACCUCAAACACAGCUGAGUGAUGCUCGGAUCAAGAUCACAGACUCUCAGCUGGAGCCCUUUGCAGAUCUUGUCAGAGGUCUCAUGAUGGACAUGCCUUGCCCAGAGGGGGUUGGAAAUGUGGCACAGCUUGAUGAUCUGGCUCAGCACUUCAUUCAGAGUCUUCUGGCUGCAGCUCAGGCAGUCAUUAAGCCAGCUCAACAAGAGUGGACCACAGCCUCCUGA